GAAAGUACGAAACCCAGUCCGCGUCGCUGCAGCCCCGCGUCUCUAUAUUGUUUUACCCUAGGCCCAAGAGCACAUCCACGCGCCGCUCUGACCCGACAGCUCCGUCUACCCUCCUUUCUCCGGAUGGCUGACUAUGCCGCUGCGGCUGGGAAAAACGCCGAGAACAUCAGCGAAGGAACAGUCAGGAAAGCGGUAAACGCUCUUCUAAAAUGGAGGAAACUCCAGUCCAAAACCACCUCGCAAGGGGUUGGAGAAGAAGAAGAAGACAUCGACGGCGGCGGCGGCUUCAUCUACGUCGUCGUGACUCUGAUGAAAACCCCACCCAAAAACCUCUCACCCGCGUCAGAUCCAAUCAGAAUCCCGCUCCCUCACGGCCUCAUACCUUUCUCGAACAUCUGCCUCAUCGUCGGCGACAAGCCCACUCAGGUCCUCAAUUCCCGGACCACGCUAUCCUCCGAUGCCGUACAGAAGAAGAUUAAAUCCCUAGGCGCCCCGAUUACCAGAAUCCUCAAGCUCUCCAAGCUCAAAUCCGAUUACAGAUCCUUCGACGCGAAGCGGAAGCUGUUAGAAUCGCACGACUUGUUUCUGGCGGAUAAGAGGGUGGUGCAUUUCCUCCCGGAUGUACUGGGGAAGCAAUUUUACAGGAACAAGAGGAGAGUGCCGGUGCCGGUGGAGUUGAAGGGCGACCGGAACUGGAAGGAGGAAAUCGAGGUGGCUUGCCGCUCGUGUCUACUGUGUUUCGGGACGGGGACUUGCAGUGUAGUGAAGGUGGGGAGAGAAGCGAUGGGGAGCGGGGAAAUAGUUGAGAAUGUGAUGGCGGCCAUAGAUGGGAUCGCUGAGGUGGUUCCUAAGAAGUGGGGCGGGAUCAGGGCGCUGCACUUGAAGCUAUUGGAUUCUGUGGCGCUGCCCAUUUACGAUCCCAUUCCUGAGUCCUGAUUGACUGGUUCAAAUGCAUACCCAUCAAUACAUAGUUUCUCUUCUUCUUCCUCUGCAAUUUUGUAAGCAUCAGUGUAAGCAUCAUUCCUAUGGAAUACUGAUUUUGAUUUCAAUAGCUCAACUUUUGAUGUCCAUUUGUGUUUAUUGAUGUAGUAGUCAUUCUUUAUUAUGAUAUCCUGUUUGCGCUCACAGACAGAGACACAUACAUAAUUGCAUAAACAAGUUAAGUUACAACAUGAUUAUAUUAAUUAAUUGAAAUUGUAACAAUGACAUUUAUGCAGCUACUAUUAGCAUUGCUUCUUGUAUGAAUCUUCCUGGUUUACAUAUAUACAAUAUAGUGAUAUACACUUA